CGAACAAAGAUAUGGGAAUUUUCACAAUGCUCUGUACACCACUCUGCCUUCCGUUUUUCUUCCUCUGUCUUAAAGCCGCCUUCUCAUCCUCCAUACAUGCUUCUUCCCUCUCAGCAGCACAACUCUGCUCUCAUGAGGAGGCUCUUGCUUUGCUGCAAUUCAAGACCUCCUUUUCCAUCAAUUUCAUUGCUUCUAAUCCUGAUUUAUGUGAACAUUAUUAUACCAAACCUUAUUCUAAAACUGAAUCAUGGAAGGAAGGUAUAGACUGUUGUUCCUGGGAUGGGGUUAGCUGUGAUAAUGUCAUAGGUCAUGUAAUCGCCCUUGAUCUCAGCUGCAGUCUCCUUUUUGGUACCUUUCCUUUCAACAGCACUCUUUUUCUCCUCAAAAACCUGCAGAGCCUCAAUCUUGCCUUCAAUGAUUUUAGGCUGUCCAAGAUUCCACCAGAAAUUAGUCAGUUUACGAGACUGAAGCAUCUUGAUGUUUCUUCUUCUCGAUUUUUGGGCCAAGUUCCAGCAGAAAUUGCUCACCUCCCCAAGUUAGUUUCUCUCAAUCUCUCUAAUCAUUAUGAUUCUUCUCACUUGAUCCUUGAAACAACUACCUUCAAAAAUCUUGUUCAUAACUUGAGUGAGGUGAGAGAACUUGAUCUUCGUGGAGUGAACAUGACAUCUGUUAAUCCUCGUUUCUUCAUGAAUCUCUCUUCUUCUUUGACUACUCUUGAUCUUUUCAAUAGUGGGUUAAGAGGAAAUUUUCCAAACAGUAUUUUCCACUUUCCAAAUCUCAAGAAUUUUUAUUUAAGUGGAGAGCAAAACCUCACUAUUGAUCUUCCAAGUUUCAAUUGGAGCAGUCCUCUCCAACGGUUGUAUUUAGGUGAUAUGGAUUGCGGAAGGCAAUUGCCAGAGUCUAUAGGAGAUCUAAAGUCAUUACAGUAUCUGUGUCUUAGCUGCAACUUGGAAGUUUCCAUUCCAGCUUCCAUAGGUAAGUUAAGGCAACUUACUAGCCUAUACCUCUGUCUUAACAAUCUUAGCGGAGAAAUCCCAUCAUCACUUGCAAACCUCACCCAACUUAGUGAUCUUGACCUUUCAAAUAAUCAGUUUUCUGGUCCCAUUCCAGCUUCCAUAGGUAACUUAAGGCAACUUACUAGACUAGCCCUCUAUUCUAACAAUCUUAGCGGAGAAAUCCCAUCAUCACUUGCAAACCUCACCCAACUUAGUGACCUUGACCUUUCACAUAAUCAGUUUUCUGGUCUCAUUCCAGCUUCCAUAGGUAACUUAAGGCAGCUUACUAGACUAGCCCUCUAUUCUAACAAUCUUAGCGGAGAAAUCCCAUCAUCACUUACAAACCUCUCCCAACUUACCUUUCUUCACCUUUCAAAUAAUCAGUUUUCUGGUCCCAUUCCAGCUUCCAUAGGCAACUUACAGCAACUUACUAGACUAGCCCUCUAUUCUAACAAUCUUAGCGGACAAAUCACACCAUCACUUGCAAACCUCACACAACUUAGUGAUCUUGACCUUUCAAAUAAUCAGUUUUCUGGUCCCAUUCCUUUUCAUGCUAUUAGGUUUUCCAAACUAAUGCAUCUAGACUUAUCUUAUAACUUACUUAAUGGUACGUUGCCACCUUGGAUUUUCACCAUGCCUUUGUUAGAGUACUUUUAUCUCAAUCAUAACCAAUUUCAAGGUCAAAUAAGUCAAUUCCAGCAAAACUCACUCACACACAUAGAUUUGUCAAACAAUAAACUCCAAGGUUCAAUUCCUAACUCAAUUGCUAAUUUAGUAAAUCUUAGUUAUCUGGAUUUAUCAUCAAAUCAUUUUAGUGAUUUAGUAGAACCUGACAUGUUCUUGGCUCUUCAAAAUCUGGAAACCAUCUUUCUUUCAGACAAUAAUCUGUCCUUGAGAAUGAAUGUCAAUGCCAACUUCACAUUACCCAAACUAACUGAUGUUUCCUUUUCUUCUUUUCAUUUGAGAUCGUUAAGCGUAGAAAGCAGUGAUCUGGGUGGUGACCAAGGUGAGGUUUUAGGUCUGGAUUUGGAAUCUCUGAAUAUUUUGCUGAAGCGGGGAGUCUAUAUUGGGGCAAUGCUUUAUUGUCUUUUGGUUUUCGCGUGCAAUAGUGCUCGCAGUGGAGGGAGUGGUGAAUGCAGGGUACAGAGCGAUUGAGCAGUGGGCAUUGUUGUUGAGGAAUGCGUGGCCUAAGGUUUCCACGAUUUGUAAGAUUUUCAAAGAGCAAGGUGUGAUUUUGACUGCACUUUUAGGUCUAUCUGCAUUCUUCUCAAUGGCAGAGACUUCUAUAACUACACUUUGGCCAUGGAAGAUAAAUAUAUGAAGUUUGUGCCUUGUUUGCCUCUUUUUGUGCUCGUAUGUAACUCAUUGUGAAUUUGUAGUAAAUUAGAGUAAAGGGCUUAAUUUGUUUCAGGAUAAAUCUCUUUAAGUUAGCUCCUGAGUUGUAGAGUUCCUUGUUACAAAGUUUUGUACUUCCUUUGUAAACAAUAAAGGAAGAAUGAAUAAGAAAUCAUGUUGGGUAACUCUAAUAGACUCUAGAAUGAUCA